GUUGAAGGAUCUCUCCAUUGGGUGACUGUUGUUGGGAUGGGAGGAGUCGGUCCUAUCUUUGGUAUUAUCUCCUUCAACGUUGCAGAUGAGGUGUUCAAAGAAAUUCCGCACCCACCUUGUCAACGACUUGUGUCACGCGGCUGCAGUCUUUCCGUGCUCAAUGGGUGUCUAUCGGCGGCUAGGUUAAUUGAUGCUGUGCAUUUUGAUACCUGGGUGAUGAAGCAAUACCGUUUUAAGGAAUCUUGGGAAAAACAAUUCUCCUUUGAUCCCUAUUUUCCUAGUAGAUGGCCAAGCUUCUUAAAAGGAUUUCCCAAAGUCAAAUGUGCACAGAAGAAUGGUUAGAUUCUGUUGCAGUAUAAUUACAGUGCUCUGGUUUCUUAUGAUCCCGUACAGAACAGAAUCAAGACUCUUCAAAUGAGGGAGUUACCCAAUGAGUUCCAGGCACUUCCUUUUCUACCUUCUCUUUUCUCAGCAAAAGCAACCAUGAAUUUGCAAUUUUAACUUCUCUUUUUCUGCAAGACUCUACUUCUAGUUUUUAGUUUGUGUUGAAUCUUAGAUCAUCAAUGCAUCAGUAACAGUUUACAUCAUCAUGGGUGACCUCUCUGUUGCAUGGCAAUGAGAUCCACCUGACUAUUAUCUACCUUUUUUUCGAAAAGCAGUUCUGAAGAAGAGGGAGAUUGUGUUGGAGUGUAACAAGUCUCAUAAUGCUCCUGUUGGAAUGGUGAUUGAAGAUUUUGCUUCGAACUGGGUGGGAAGAUUCAUAAGAGUUUUAUGUGUCCUGAAGAACGAGAAGAUUGUGUUGGUGUGUAACAAGAAAGCUCUGGUUUCUUAUGAUCCUAAAACUAACAGGUUCAAGGCUCUAAAGAUCAACCGGCUCCCGUAGCAGUUCCAAGCUUUUGCUCUCCAGUAUACUCUGUUCUCAGUAAAGGAAACCUUUGAAA